GACGGGCUGUGUCCCAAAAAUUAAUCCAAAUUAAACUAAAAAAUCAUGUCUUUCAAGCAAGAUUUGCGUCAAUUACUAAAGCCAUAUUACUGGGUCAACAUUUUACUAAGCAUUUCAUACGUGACGGCUAAAAGGACGGGUGUAAUUUGCAACUUUUUGUUCCCCGAUGUAGAUUGCGAGUUAGACAGUCGAGAGACGGAAAUUCUAUUUUUCCUAAUUAUCGUCGUGAUGCUGCGGACUCGGAAGGCGGGAAGUGUUACGAUGGUCAAUUAUUUGUCGUCUUCGUUCGUUUAUACGAAGAUUGCUAACCUAAUUUUGUGGUUAUAUGCUGAUGUGAGAUAUGGCCUACCAUACGGUGCUCUGCUCAUCCUGACUGCCCUCCUCCUCCCGGAACCCACCUACAUGGGCCCGGAGCACAUAACCUACUUCCGCGGAGUCGCCACACUGGAUGAGGAGCUCCGACACAAAGGGAAUACUUGGCUGGUGUGCUUGUAUGCGGCGUGGCAUCCGGCCUGUGUCAACUUUGCUCCGGUGUUCGCUGAGUUGUCGGCGAGCUAUAGCUUGGAGAAUCUGAAGUUUGGGAAGAUGGAUAUUGGCAGAUACCCCGAGGCGGCAGCGAAGUACCGCAUCCAAGACGGGCCGACCAGUCGGCAGCUGCCCACCGUGCUGUUGUUCACUGAGGGGGCGGAGUCCCAGCGCCGCCCGCACCCGGACACCCAGGGCAAGCUACAGAAAUUUCUAUUCUCCAAAGACAACGUGAAAGCAGCCUUCGAUAUGGACGCUCUGUACCAGCAGUGCAAGGAGAAACUCGCCGCCAAACCCAAAGACAAGAUUAAAGACAAGAAGACACAAUAGACAGAAAACUUGUCAGAAUAGUGUGUAUCUGCUGGAGUUGGACCAAGCUAACACUGCAGCGAUCGAUAAAAAGUAGUUUUUUGAAAAUCAGCAUGUGAUGUGACUAGGGGAGCGUUCAAAUAUUACGUAACACAAUUUUUGAAGAUUUUUCGUGUAACGCACAGUAACGUUUAGUUGGACCCCCCCUCCUCCCCCUA